AUGAAUGUCUCUGGCUCUCUUAUCAAGUUUCAAGAUAACCCAGAGUUUCUGGUCGAUUGUGAGGGCCUCCUGGAGCAAAGCUUCUCUGCUUCUGACGCCGGCUACUACAGCGCCUGCAGCAGCCUCUCUCCAGCAUCUUCCACUGAUUCCUGCUGUUUCUCUCCACCAACUUUUCACUAUGGAACAGGACAGGAGAGCUUUUCAGAGAUCUUUCCUCUGAAGAACAACAGUGAUCAAGAUAAGAAAAAUGGCAAGGUGGCCAAAAGGACCGGACGACCACGGUCAAAGUUCCCUGGGCUGAAGCGCCAGAGUGCAAGCGAACGGGAGAAGCUCAGGAUGAGGGACCUGACCAAAGCAUUGCAUCAUCUCAGGACCUACCUGCCUCCAUCAGUGGCUCCCGCUGGACAGAUGCUGACCAAGAUUGAAAUACUGCGCCUCACCAUCCAUUACAUUUCCUACCUGUCGGCUCAGCUGGACCUUGGGCAAGAAGAGGUGGCUCAUGGGAGACCUUCAGCAUUAAUGCAGGCUCCAAACGCACCAGGUUUCUAUGAACAGAGUUUCAACCAAGUGGCUCCUCAGACACCAAGCUUCUCCACACAGGAGGUCUUUAAUAUGCCUUACUGUCAGCAAUGCAGCUGCUCUUCUGGUGUCAAUGGAGAGGUGUGGGACUGUGGGAUUGAGGACGGGUCUUUGUAA